UUCAGUUCAGAUCACGCACAUCAAUUGAGUAGUUUGUUUCAAAAUGGCAAGUUGCAGGAACGCAACAGUGAGAGUGGCAAUUUUGGAAAUUGUUUCGGCAAUGGCAGGACAAUUAGCUGAUGAUCUGACAAAAGAAAUGAAAAAAAAGAAGAGAGUAUGGGUAAGACCAUGGAUUGAACGAAGGAUGUUGCUGGGAGCAUCCCAAAAUCUGGUGAACGAAUUGCGGAUGGAGGACCCAUUGGAUUUCAAGAACUUAUUUCGUAUGAGUGCCAGUCAGUUUGAAGAACUGCUGGUGAAGGUGGCGCCGAAAAUACAAAAACAGGAUACCAUGAUGCGUAUAGCUAUCAGCCCCGCGAUACGAUUGCAGGUUGUUCUGCGAUAUCUGGCCACGGGUGAUUCCUUUAAAAGUUUAGAAUUUUUAUACAGAGUGCCGAAAUGUUCUAUCUCUUGUUUUUUGUUGGAGACAUUGGAUGCGAUAUACGAAGUUCUUCAGGAGUACAUCAAGGCACCGAAAUCUACCGAAGAAUGGAGAAGUGUAAUGAACGACUUCGCAAUUAAAUGGAAUUUUCCUGGAUGUAUCGGUGCGCUAGAUGGCAAACACAUACUGAUCAGGAACCCUCCUGAUGGCGGCUCAGAUUAUUACAACUACAAAGGAUCUUACAGCAUCAUUCUUUUAGGACUCGUAGAUGCGAAUUAUUGCUUCAUCUACAUCGAUGUUGGUGCUCAAGGAAGAAUUUCCGAUGGUGGUUUAUUCCAAGAAAGCCUACUGUUGCAGUACUUAGAGCUCGAUGUGCUCAAAAAUCCUCCUGAUAUCGAAGACAUCGAUACAGGAGAGAUUUUGUAUGGAUAUUGGAGACAAGUAACAAGUGCUACAGAAAGACUGGAGAUGCAUGGCAGUAACAACUACAGCAGAGAAGCGGCAGGAAUACGAAAUGGGUAUGCAGAUUAUUUCAUGACCAGUGGUGCAGUUCCGUGGCAAAUGGACGCUAUUAAGUUUUAA